AUGUACAUUCAUUCGUUAAGUAAGACGAACAACAUUGCCUCUUCACAGCCAUUUACAACAGCAAGCACAAACCUGCAUGAACGCGGUCUUGCUGCAGAGCAUUCAUUAGCACACGGCAGUAGUAGAUACACGGCAGGACAUCCUUCUUACUGUCAUCCACGACAUUCGAGUACAACGCAUAUGGAAACCAUUUCAUCCAUAUCUGGUCGACGCUCAAUCACACCAACUCCUCAUGCUGCACAUUCGUCCAACAACCAUCAUUCAAAAAGCCUAUCUCAACUUACCCUACAGCCAUCUAGUCAUGCUCAUCAGACUAUACCUAUUCAAAAAAAACAUAUAUUUGAGCCUAUCGAUUCAAAUCAAUUCAAGUCGGAUUUUGAACACAAUGAUAAAGAGUUGCUGGCUUAUAUACGUCAUUGUCUUGCUCAAUCACUCGCUCAAACUCGAGGAAAGUCCAAACCAGACAUGAGAGCCGGAAAGACGGAUGAAAAUUUCCAUAACUAUACAUUCGUAAAAAAUAUCCGUAAACGAGUUGAUCAUUUUGUAGCAUGUAUGCUUAAUGAGCAUCUAAAAUCGCAAAAAGCAUCCUCGCCUGUAGAAAACCUUGUUUUGUCGUUGAUGGACAAAAUCAUCACAUCGCAAGAAUAUGCUCGUCUUGUUCAUCAAAUCACUCAAGAUGCGAAACUCAGUGUAGAGCACCUUCUCGAUCAUGUUGGUAGCAAAGGAUAUCUUGAAGAUGCGCCUUCAAAAGUAUUUCAUAGUCAAGACUCGUCAUUUUCUGCCCAUUCGGCAGCAACAUAUGAAAGUUCCUCUAUCGGAUCAAUUACUUCUGGCGUAUGUCCCGGAGCUGACGAACUAAAACACAUGUUUGGACAUUUACAUCCCGGACAACCUUUCGAGUGCCGUGUUUCUGCUGUCCAAAGACUGGCAUCAUUUUCUAUUGGAGAUAUGCUUUCAGACGAGUUUUGGCCUGAUGCUAAACGGAAUCUUGAACUGAGUUUGGGGGAUCCUGAUACACGAAUCACGUUAGUUGUGCUUCGAAUCGUUGCACGAGCAUUCAAAACUGCUCCAACAUAUAUGAUUCCCGAGGUGUACCAGUGUUUGGUUUGGCACCUUGUCCAAACCUUUGAAAAUGCCAGUCUUGACAAGAUUUCGCUUGGACUGGAUAUUAGGGAUCACCGGAUCGAAUUUCGACUACUGAAUCAGUUCAUGAUGGAGAUACCGUCACUUUGGUUUCGAUUUCCCGAACACGUAUUCAAAAAUGUCAUGAAUGUAACAUUUCGUCUUUUAUGCUCUCCUCGAAAAUGGGAUGCAUGCAUUACUCCAAUGCAUUAUCUUUCAAUCAUUGAUCCCCAUUCAACAUGGUUUGAAAAAUGGACACUCAGCAAUCUCGGUCGAGCACAUGUCAUUGGCGCAAUGUCCCCGUGUGGAUGCAUAUCCGACUUUUCCAAUGCAUUCAUCAACCACAUUGUUAAUGUGAGCGUAUCCGAAAAACAGAUGGCUACAUCUCAUGAUGAUGAGAUUUUGGUUGAAGAUGUUGAUCAAAACGAUGACGGUGAUGUCAGAUAUUUAAUCACAAAAUCUGAUUUGGAAUACGUAUAUUUCUUGCAUGUCACAGUGAUGCUUUCGCGUUUGAGUCUAAGUACUGCUGGACGACUGCACUUUCCAAUUAAAAUUGAAGAGUCCGCCAUGCUUCGUGCAUCUCCCAUUGCGCAAUUUUUACUUGUUCCAGAUGUAGAUCCAAAUACUUUUACAGAAAAAUAUGAGCUGUCUCUGAGAUCAUUUAUUUUGAUACUGAUUCGGCAAAUGAGCUCCAAUGCAAAACUACUCAAUGCAGGCAAUUCGACAGCAGAAAACAGCAGUAUUGAUGUAUUCAACAUGUCAAAAUUUAUGUCACGGAUUCUCAAAAGUAUGGCACUGGCUGAUUCGCAAUACCGAGAAGAACUCUGCAAGGACGAUUUUUUAAAGGAGCUGGUUAAACCAAUCGAGUUGACAGUUAAAGGACAGACAACAUCUUUUGACGAAGCCUCACUUUUAGCAAUAGCUGAAACUCUUUCAGAUAUUGCUGCAACAGACACAGGCAGAAGAUUUAUUUUACGUGGUCAAGUCAAUCUUCAUUGUCCACAUUACAAUGCCAUGUCUGCAUUUAGUGGCAAUAGCAUCAAUCCAACUCUUGAUACGAUUGCUACGUUUGUCAAGCACACUCUCACGCAUUCAACUCACAAUGUGGGUGCAUCUCGCCAGGUUCUAGGCAGCUAUAUAUUUUUUUUGCGACAAUUUUAUCGUUCUUGUGAAGGGCUGUUGUGGCUACAGAAAUAUAGCCUGCAUACUGUUUUGGAACCCAUACGUGACAGUGGUGGUAUGAGCAAGGAAGACGCUGAGUGGAAUAUGGUGCUGAUGGAUAAUUUACUGAAUUUUGCCGCGACACCCAAAGGAGUACUGCUACUUCAGCAAACUGGAUCCAUGGAGCCUUGUGUUGCAUACAUGUUUCAAAGAUAUCAAAAAAAACUCAAGGUCAGCAAGUCCGAAAAAUUUGGAUAUGGAACCCUUGUAUCGCAAGUAUCGACCACAUCAGCUGGAAUGGAAGCUCUAUGCAAAGCAGGACUUGUUGGUUCAUUUAUUCGAGAUGUAUGGUCCUUAUUAUCUGGCGAUCGACCUUUUGGCGCGCCUAAUUUGGAAAUAGACGAUCACAGUGCAAUCAAAACAGUUUCAAACGUGCUAAAAGUGUUUACAAGCUUUACUGCAUUGUCAACUUGCCUUUGCAUUGAAAGUGAUAACAGCGUUGUACCCAACACGUUUACUUAUUUGAUACGAAAACUGGUGCUAUUGGACACUGAUGUGGACAAUGAUUGGCUUGUAUCGUACGAAGACUCGCAUCAGAUUGGAUUGAGGAUUUUGAGGCUUGUGACAUCAUCUCUUGACUCGCUUAUACUAUUGGAGUCUACAUUCAAAUAUAUUGAUUUUUUUUGGAAACUUCAAGACGACUCGUUCAUUUGUACAGUUGAUGGAAAAGAUGCAUCAACUUUUGUUAUUGAUGAAAACUCGCUGUUAAGAAACUACAUCCUAUCCAUGUCGCUUAGUGUUGGCGGAGCAGGAGAACGGCAUCCGCCUCCAACUAUGAUCCCAAUAGUCACAACUCUUUUAAAUACCUCCAAUAUAGUUGUUAUGAGAGAUAGAGUGAUUCCCGAAUCUAUUCUUCCUACUUUGGAUAAACAGGCUUAUACGAAUAUUUCUGGCAGCGAAAAUGCAAAACUAUGCAGGGUUUUUUCCGAUGCGGACAAGUUGACAGACUCGACGAAUGCUGAUUUGUGGAUUAAUGAUCUUCAAAAUAUCAUUACUUUGUGUAUAUCGCACAAUCUGACUCAUUCCAUUCCGUUUUCACUCUGCAGUCAACUUUUUACUGUGCUGGCUAGUGUGCUUCCAAAAUGUAGUGAUGAAAUUUUGUCUACAAUGGGAUGGAAUGCAGUACAGCCCUGUACGCGCCAUCCAUCUGCAUCCCAAUCCGCAGAUAACGAGCCCAAGUUUUAUCCUACCUGCAAGCUUGGAGUAAAAAUGGUAGCAAAUUAUGCUUCCAGAUUACUAUCGCAAGAUUCCAAAAUUCUUGCUAAAAGCAUUGAGGAGUUUUACAGAUCUAUCAAGCGAAACCACUAUAUAUUUGAACCACCAAAGAGAAAAUUCACAGGCUUUGAUUGGUUUAUUGCAACUCUGUAUAUAAUGACACAUGGCGACGGUGAAGCAGUACAAGCGUUUUUGGACUUUUUCUCAUUCCGCAUGCUUUCAUUAUUCAUGUGGUCGCGACCAUUAGAGUUUUUCUCCAAAGAUACUCUAGGUUUAAAGUCGACGAUGGAGUUGCUAAGGCUUACCUCGUGCCAUUUGGUUGAAUAUAUAUUAUCCGAUGAGUUGCCAAUGAUAUCUUCAGCAUUUAUGCUGAGUGGAUGUACUCCCACACAGAUGUGCCAACGAUGGUUUCGUGAAUGUUUCUGGACAAUCCUUCCAUUCAGUGAGAUUACCAAUUACAUUACAAUUAGUCUAGUAUUUGGAAUCGACUACCAUAUCUACUUUGCCAUUGCACUGAUCCGUCAUGUACGCGAACAGAUUCUGGUUGCUACACGAGACCAUACACUGAUUGAGUUUAUGAAUGAUGGACAGCAGAUUGGAAAGGGAUUUAUGGUUUGUGAAUGCAUGGAAUACAUGCAUGCGUUGCGAGAUCGACAUCGAGGGCUUGUAUUGGCAGAACUUAAGCUGGCUUGUGGUGCCGACAGAUUGUAG